CUUGGACCCAAACAUGACAGUACGGUGUGGCAUUUGUCGCAAGCAGAUUUCUAGGUACACAUGCCCAACCUGCAACGUCCCGUAUUGCAAUUUGGCAUGUUUCCGAUCCGAGACACAUGCACAAUGCUCGGAGACUUUCUACCGGAAGGAGAUCGCGAGUAGUAUUGGUUCAGACUAUUCGAAGAUAUCCCCAGAGCAUGAAAAAAUACUCGGGAUUUUGAAACGGUUGGACGAUGAAGGUCUGCAAGACCACGACGAAUUUUCGCAUGGCCCCGACGAUGAGGACGAUGCGGAAAGCCUGGAAAAACGGCUAGCUGGUUUAAAGAUUGAGUCGGCAUCGGCAGAUGAACUCCUAGACCGCCUCACUAAGGAAGAGCGCGAUACGUUCUUCAAGCUGCUGAGAGAUCCUGCCUCGGAGCUUGCCCAAAACCUUCUCUCAAGCGUGGAACUCGACAGAGAACUUCAGGCACCGUGGUGGGACUCUCCGCAGCUUCCCAACGAUGACCUGGAUACCGCUGCCACUCGAUAUGGUCACCAGCCACCCCUCAUGGAGGUACCUCCAGGGCUUAGACGAUGGAAUCCGGAGUCCCCUUCGCUGCUGUAUAAUAUUUGCGCUGUGUUUACAGGCUAUGCAUACGUCACUCGGCACUUGUCAAUAUCCCCGCUUACUUCCUCUAGCAAUUCCUGGCAGGACAAGAGGGAGGCUCGGAGGCUAAUAACCCGUGCGGUUCCAUUCAUCGCGGAUCGCCAAUCCAAGUUGUUGCACGUCACGCUAACAGGUGCUGUCAUGGAUGUGUGGGCAAGGUUAGAUCCUGUGAGUCUAUGGAAUCUUUCUCCUCGAAUUACUAACGUUUACUCCCAGGGGAGCAUAGAGCCUCGUACCAUGGCCGUGCUUUUAGGCGAUGUUUCUCGACUCGUUCGACCUCGGAAGGUGGUAGUCGCUGAAGACCCAGUUGGUGGGGUUGCACAGACUCAUUCGCUACCAUCAGAACACCCACGCGCAGAUGCCCUUAGGGUAUUUUCCGAUAUAAAUGCUCUAUUUGACGAAGACAGCACGGAAAACGGACAGAGAAAGAAAAAUCAUCUGUCGAUGAAAAUCACGUUUUAUGCCGGGCAUCUCCUCGCCGUUCCAUCUUUCUUCCUUGAUGCACUUGCAGAUGAGGUGUUUCUGCGAUCGAAGAGCAUGAAUGAGGAAGUUGCUAACGCGGAUGGCACAGCCCGAGUGCAGCCAAAGAUUAGUAAAGUUACCAUAGGAGAAACGGUAGAGAACAUCCUGGCAUUAACCAAUCGCAUUCAACCAAACUUUUAGCAUGUUGCUUAAUCAAACCAACGAGCGAACGGGGGACAUCAGACGGGGGCAACAUGUUGAGUGUAACCCAGUGGGAACUAGACGAGCCGUGGAUAGGAGAAUAGGAGAGUGAAAGCGAGAAACCAAUUGAUCGAGCAGCUGCGCUUCACUACCACUGCGAACUUCUUGUGCUAAGUACAGCUGUUUCGGAAAUUCUUGUCCCGACUGAGAAGUUGGUGUUUGAAAAUAAAAAAAAUAAAGAUUUUGUAGAGCACUACGUCCGUCCUUGUUCAUCG